AUGCCAACCUACUCCUCUUUAGUCCUGUCCAGCCACUCGCAGGCAUGCUCCGCAACUUACAUACCUCGGCGAUAAACUUCAGCUACGGCGAAGUCGACUCGCCGGACCUGAGCAACGUUCUCACAAACCUCCAUAAUGUCCGUGUCCUCGAGCUUGCCGUCUCAAACACCAAGCCGUAUGAGGAUCCGUGGGAGCCGACGAAAGACAUUUGGUGUACCAUUCUAGCAGCCCAGAUGAUCAACCCGAGAACCAAGGUCUCGGAUUCUCCGGAAUCACUUGCGAAUCUCGAGGAGUUGCGCAUCUCCUUCACGACCGCAGACCUCAUGGACGGGGAGAAAAUGGUGGAAGCGCUGCGUAGGUUGCCGAUACUCCGUCGCCUCGCUCUUGGAUAUGCGAGUCUUGUGACCGGAUUUACGAGUCGUGUCCUUGGUCUCCGCCACGAUUGGGACUCCAUCGCGACGCUCUGCGCCCAACGGCUGUUUUUAGACAAGCUGCUGUUGAUUGAGCCUCUGAGGAGUGGGAAGCCGAUGGCGCGCCUAGGUCGAGACGGCGGAAAGCGCUUUCCUAAUCUGAAGAACGCGGCGGCAGAGGUGAGGGUACGGCAGCAUCGUAAGUUUCGCAAGCUGGAACGAUAUGUGUGCUUCCGCGAUUUGGAGUAGUGCGAUAUCCUCGCAUUCUUUUAGAGCCUGGCACUUCGUCUUAUAGAAAUGUUUCACUGGGAGAUUUGUGGCGAACAAGAUCACUGAUAUGUCUCACAAUUCUAGACAGCAGCAGAAGAAGUGCGCCUUGUGGAAAAUCCU